AUGGCGCCGGGUGUUCUCGUCGACGAGCCUGUUGAGGUCAGCUCCUCCGGCCCUUGGAAGGGCAAGAAUGAUGACGCUCCCCGCGACAUCUUCCCCGACGGCAUCAGGACGUCGGGACAGCACAACCCCCUCUACGACGUCCUGCGCCCGUACGAGGAGUUCCCAAAGGAGAUCACGGGCCGCACCGUCUGGCACAAGGAGGAGUUCGAGAACAGCCCCGAGAAGUGGACGCACCGCCUCACCCCCGAGGAGGUCGAGGAGCUCGGCCGCACAUCCGACGAGUUCAUCGCCAGCGGCACCCCUCUGACCGGUAUCUCCAAGAGCAACUUCCCCCUCCCCAAACUCAGCAAGGCCCUCACCGACCUGCGCGAAGACCUCAUCAACGGCAAGGGCUUCAUCCUCUUCAAGGGCUUCCCAGCCCAGGAAUGGGGCCCGCACAAGACCGCCGUCGGCUACAUGGGCCUGGGCACGUACCUGGGCUACUUCGUGUCUCAGAACGGCCGCGGCCACGUGCUCGGCCACGUCAAGGACGUCGGCGACGACCCGACGCAGAUCGACCGCGUGCGCAUCUACCGCACCACGGCGCGCCAGUUCUUCCACGCCGACGACGGCGACCUCGUCGGCCUGCUGUGCGUCCACCGCGCCGCCGAGGGCGGCGAGAGCGACCUCGUCAGCAUCCACGCCGUCUGGAACGAGCUGCAGCGCGCCCACCCGGACGUCGCCGAGCUGCUGACCAAGCCCGUGUGGUACUUUGACCGCAAGGGCGAGGUCUCCGAGGGCCAGGAGCAGUGGACGCGCCAGCCCGUCUUCUACAUCGAGAACGGCGGCCAGCAGCGCGUCUACUGCAAGUGGGACCCUUACUACGUGCGCUCGCUGACGCGGUUCUCGGACAAGGGGAUCAUCCCGCCGCUGAGCCCGGAGCAACUGCACGCGCUGAAGACGCUCGAGGAUACGUGCCAGAAGCUCGCGCUGCACAUGAUCCUGGAGGUGGGCGAUAUUCAGUUCUUGAGCAAUGCGCACUUGUUGCACGCCAGGACGGAGUACAAGGACUUCCCGCCGCCGGCGCCGAGACGCCACUUGCUGCGUUUGUGGCUGUCGACGCCCGAGACGGAGGGCGGGUGGGCGCUGCCGUUCCCUGAUAGCAAGGAGAAGAAGCGCGGUGGUAUCCAGGUGAACAACCAGCCUCCCACGGCGCCGCUUGACGCCGAGUAG